UGUAAAACACAUUUCGAAUUAUUUUUUUACUUUCCUUAUUCCAAAUCAACUGUUAAUUAUGUUAACAAAUCUUUAAUAAUUAUUUUAAUUACGAGUAAUAAAUUUUGUUCUAAUUAAGUGACAUUUAUAAAACCUUUUAAUCUAAAUUCUUUUAAAAUGUAUACAAAUCAGUACACUCAACAAUAUUCGCAAUACAAUCAUCAAUACCAGCAAUAUCCAUCAAAUUAUUAUCAAAUGUACAAUUAUAAUCAACAACCUGCUUAUAAUGCUCCACCACUACCACAAACAGCUACAACAUUUAUUAGUCAAAAUGUACCAGUGCAACAGCCUCAAGUGCCAUCACCUGGACAUAAUGUCACUAGCUUAUGGAUGGGAAGUCUAGAACCUUACAUGACUGAGAGUUUUAUCACGGGUGCGUUUCAAAAGAUGGGUGAAUAUCCAAAGAAUGUCAAAUUAAUGCGUAAUAAAAAUACUGGAGAGACAGCUGGCUAUGCAUUUGUUGACUUCUAUGAUCCAGUAUCAGUAAUGCAUAAACUUAAUGGGAAAUAUAUACCUGGAACUAAUCCACCUGUGAGAUUUAAACUCAAUCAUGCUGGAAAUCCUGGAAAAAUUACUACUAGUGAUAGAGAUUUCUCUGUAUGGUUGGGCGAACUUAGCUCAGAUGUAGAUGAUUAUCAGUUGUAUAAAACAUUUGCUUGUCGUUAUCAAUCUAUACGUACAGCUAAAGUGGUCUUAGAUAGUGCAGGUUAUAGUAAAGGAUAUGGCUUUAUUCGUUUCGGUAGUGAAGAAGAACAAAAACACUGUCUUAACAACAUGAAUGGUUUUCCAGGUUUAGGUUCCAAACCUAUUAAAGUUAGCAGUGUGAUACCAAAAUCAGAACGUCAUGUUGUUGUUGCUACAAAUGAUUCUCAAGGGUACAAAGCUAGUCAAGAUUAUGGACAGUAUUUUGAAACCAACUAUUGGCAUCGAUACACAAUGUGGAAUCAAUCACUUAAUCAAAAGUGUGUACCAAAGAUAGAGUCAACAGUUGAAACUCCAGUGGUUAAAACCAAUGGUAAUUUAACUCUUGUUGAUUACAAAAAAUCAAUUGACGUUGAUGCUUUAAACAAAGACUUGGUGUCGCAAGAUUAUAAUUUAUGGGAUGCACUUGAAAGUUCUAAAUGGCUACCACUUGACACUAUUGAAAUUAUUUAAAAUUUAAUUAUUACUAGAUUUUAAAAAUAUUAUGUAGAUAGUUAAUAUUUUCAAAUUUGUUCUACUUUUGUAUCUGAUUUGGAUGCUAAGAUAAAGUAAUAUUUGUAU